AUGUCCAAGGACAUGAACACGGGCCAGCCCGACCCGCUUUUCGAGGCGUCGAAGAAGUCCCCCAAGCGCAAGCGAACGUCCAAAGCCACGUCUCGCAAGCGACAAGGAGCGGUGGUUUUGGGCAAUCGGGCCUCGACACGUACGACCCGACAGAAUGGGAAAGGAAACGGAACGGCCAAAGCCACACCCAAAAGCGCCGACCACACGCCGAGUACAGGGGGUGACGACGAAGAGGAAAUCGAGGAGAGCAGCAUCGGCAACACCAACGAUCACGAUGAGAGCGAUGAGCGGCCGCCCAAGGUAUCGAAAAAAAAUUCGAUCAAGAAUUCUUCGCCGGCUGAGUGCGAAGACAUGUCCAAGGGCAUGAACACGGGCCAGGCGUCGAAGAAGCCGGCAAAGGGCAGAAGAACGUCCAAAGCCGCGCCUCGCAAGCGUCAAGGGGUGGUAAAGCCCACAACCAAGGUUGUGGGCAAUCGGAGCUCGACACGGACAACCCGACAGAAAGGGAAAGGCAAAGGAAAGGCGAAAGCCACACCCAUAAGCGCCAACCACACGCCGAGUACAGGGAGCGAUGACGAGGAGGAGAUCGACGAGAGCAGCGUUACAAACGUCGACGGUGAGAGCGGUGAUCGGCCCACGAAGCUAUCCGCGAUUCUUGCGAGCAAGACGCUCUUGCCGAGCGAGUGGAAGGAGAUGUGCAAGGACAUGAACACGGGUCAGAUCACGGCCGGCUCGAUGUGGAAAAAGGAAGAGGAAGAGGAAGCCACUGCACCCGUACAGAAGUACCUGGUUAAGUGGGAUGGCAAGAGCUACCUCCACGUGUCUUGGGAAGUUUCGACGGACCUCGUUGAGUUGACGAGCAGAACCAACACGCAGCUCGAACAGUUCCGGCAGAAGGAGUUCAAAGGGGAACUGGCUGCAGAGCGUGGGGGAGGAGAGUUCUUCGACCCCUCUCUGGUUCAGCUGGAGCGUGUCUUGGACGUGGACAAGGUGGAGGGGCAGGAGACGCGCCUGCUUGUCAAGUGGGCCGGCAGCUCCUACUCUUCAUGCACGUACGAGCUUGUCAGUGACCUGAACAACGCUGGACUGAAAACCGCGGAGGCGAUUGAGGCGUACCACAGACGGGAGGACAUGAAGAGCCUCGUAAGCCUGAAAGCUACGCGGAAGGUCGCCGAUGGUGCCCCCGACCUGGAUAAGGAACCGCCCGUCUUCAAGAACGGAGGGUCUCUCAGGGACUACCAGAGGGAGGGGGUGCGCUGGAUUAUUUACAACUGGCUGCAAGGCCGUGGGAGCAUCCUCGCCGACGAAAUGGGGCUGGGCAAGACCCUCCAGACGGUGGCAUUUCUGUCCAUCUUGCACAACGUCUACGGCAAGCGGGGGCCAUUCUUGGUGAUCGCUCCAUUGUCUACCGUGCCGCACUGGCUGAGGGAAUUCCAAACGUGGUCCGACAUGAACGCCGUCGUGUUCCACGGAGACCCGGAGGAUCGAGAAAUCCUCGAGGGCUACGAGAUGGAGUUCGCUGGGGAUAAGGGCCGAGCAGAGAAGGACAAGACCAGGAUAAAGGGGAAGCGCGUCUGGAAGUCUACCGUGGUCAUCACAACUCCGGAGCUGUGCAUCCGCAAGGAUGUGAAGACCCUGCUCCAGCGCAGGAUCGCGUGGGACGUCCUGGUGGUAGACGAAGCACAUCGUCUCAAGAACAGCGCCUCAAGACUCAACGUGGUUUUGAAGGACUACACGUUUGAGUCCAGCCUGCUGCUGACUGGAACUCCGCUGCAGAACAACACAGAGGAGCUUUGGACGCUUCUGAACCUGGUCGAUGAACCUAAGUUCAGAGACCAGCAGGGUUUUGUGGAGAAGUACGGAGACCUUCAGGAAGCGGAGGAUGUGUCCGAGCUCCAAGAGGCGAUCAAGCCGUACCUGCUGCGGCGCAUGAAGGAGGGCGUGGAGAAGGCGGUGCCCCCCAAGGAAGAGAUCAUCAUUGAGGUCGAACUGACGGAGAUCCAGAAGCAGUACUACCGCGCCAUCUACGACCGGAACACGACCUUCCUCCUCCAAGGGAAGAAGCAAGCGAAGGACGCCCCGAGCCUGAUGAACCUCGCCAUGCAGCUGAGGAAGUGCUGCAACCACCCCUUUCUCAUCACUGGGGUUGAGGACGACGUGAGUCAGCAGUUGGGGGGAAACAAGACCAGCAAGGAACACCUCGUGAAGCACUCUGGCAAGCUGGUUCUCCUGGACAAGCUUCUGCCGAGGCUCAAGACGCAAGGGCACCGUGUCCUUCUGUUCAGCCAGUUCAAGAUCAUGCUGGACAUCUUGGAGGACUACUUGAUCGCCUCGGACAUUUCUUACGGCCGCAUCGACGGUGACAUCCAGGGUCGUCAGCGUCAAAAGGAGAUUGACAGCUUCCAGGCCCCCGAUAGCGACAUGCUGGUGAUGCUGCUCUCGACUAGGGCGGGCGGGGUCGGUAUCACUCUCACGGCCGCGGACACCUGCAUCAUCUACGACAGCGACUGGAACCCACAGAACGACGUCCAGGCCCAGGCACGGUGCCAUCGGAUAGGGCAGACCAAGAGCGUCAAGGUAUACCGCCUCCUGGUGGCCAAGACGUACGAGACGCACAUGUUCAAGACCGCGAGCAGGAAGCUGGGGCUCGACGAAGCUGUGCUCUCUGGCACGAGACCGCAGCAAAAGCAGAAGUCAAUCGCUCCCACCGCCAAAGAGGUGGAGAUGUUGCUCAAGCACGGGGCGUACGAUGUAUUCCGGGAGGGGGACGAAGGAGAGGCCGCCAGGAAAAAGUUCUGCGAAGCUGACAUUGAGACCAUCCUAUCCAGGGCCGUGGUUGUGGACCACUCAAAGGGCGGUGCUGAGGACGGAGCCCCAUCCAACUCGUUCAGCAAGGCGAGCUUUGUCGCCGCCCCCAUGGAUGCUGGGGACACGCGGGAUCGAGACACGCAUGCGUACAGCAAGAGGUUAGCCAAGAGAGGCAUACAUUUCGAACUCGUCUCGUCCAUUAAAUUAACACCAGAGAAUAUUGCGUCUUCACGCUUCGGGCGAUGUAUCCUAUCUCGUCGAAAUCUUCCUUGCCGUGCUGCGGCGCUGCAGGUGGACGUGGAUGCCGAGGACUUUUGGACGAAGACCAUUGGGCUGACAGUCCCGGAGGAGAAGAAGGAAGAGCUUGGACAUCGCGCCGCCCGGGCUGGCAAGAAAAAGUAUACCGCGGAUAGCGAGAGCAGCAACGAGGAGGAGAGUGAGGACGAAGAGUACGCAGCCAACUCGCAAUCUGAGGAGGACGAAUCGAGCGGCGACGAGUUCGCCCAAGUGCCGAAGAAGGCCGUUGUGCUCAAGGGUACGCACCUUUCCUCUCUCAACGUCAACACCGAGGCGUCAAAAGAACGCUCCCAGUCUCUGGCAGCGCAGGCUUGGUGUGCGGGAGAGAGGCUGCUCGGCCCCCAUGUCCCAGUCGCCGAUGACAGCGAUGACGACCAAUCGAGCGCUGGACCUGACGCAGCGACAACAGAGACCCCGGUGAAUCUCAACCAGGAUGCCUUCAUCGAACGAGACCCUGUCGCACCGGGAGCCGACCGUCCUUUGGGCGGGAAGAUCGACGCCGGCGUUGACUCAGGCGUUGCCAGAAGUUCUCCAAGCCGGGUGUCGGCACCGGGGAUGUCGCCGCCCUCGGUGGGGGCGGAAGCGGCGGCGCGACGUGCGGCGGACAACUUUGACUUGAUGGAAGACUGGGAUGAUUUUUUCCGCCGCCCGGCAGACUCCGCCCCUGCUCCUGCCCUUGCCCCUGCCCCUUCCCCUGCCCCGACCAGUGGCGAGUGCGGGGUGUGCCUGGGUACGGGCACGGACGAGCAGCAGGGAGUUUUUCUCGUGUGCCGGCGGUGCCUGAUUUGCCGACGAAAGGGCCGAGACGCAAAGUCCUAUUUCAUCACCCCGGCAAAGUCCUACGCCAUGAUCCCGACGCACGAGGGCAAUUUUGUGCACUACCUGUGCUUCAAGAAAGCCGUCCAGGAUGCAAAAGUCCCGUCGGACUUCGACGAAGCCGGAAACUAUGUACCCCCGACGGGCGUAGUUGGAGCUCUUGCUCGGGCGAAACAGAAGCGGCACUGCCACGAGUGCGACCGCCCAGGCGGUGUGGUCGGAUGCUGUGAGCACGAAGGUUGCAGUGCGAGGUUCCACCCUCUGUGCGGCGCGGUUCAAGCCGCGAGAGUCCAGCGCAAGCACGAUAAGCAGUGGAAAGGGUUGGGCCCGCACCUGACCAUCCAGUGCAAGAAGCACCUCCGAGAGGUGAACGAAGCCAGGGAGAAGCAAGAGAAACGGCGACAAAAGUACAACCGCGAGCACGACCAAGCUUGGGAGGUCAACGGAAAAGAAAAAGGCGGAUCCCCGGCCAAGGCUUUCAACUGGGCCGGCGCUAUCGGUGCGAGCUGGGGAGGUGAGGGCGGAAGGGAAGAGUCGACUCGCCAUGGCCUGGGUGGGGAACUGCAAGAGUAUCUUGACGCCCGCAACAAGAAGACUCGCACCGAGGUAUCCAACACGCUGCGCGGAAAGACAGUCGGUGAGAACGGGCACUAA